AGCGGGUGACGGGAGCGGGCCGGCGGUGUGUGCCCCGGGAGCCGAGGCGGCGGCGUCUGUUCCUCGUAGCCGGCUCCGGGCUCGAGCGCGGGGCCCCGCCCUGCGGCAGCCGCGGGCUCCUGCGUGAAGGUGGGCCGGAGGGCGGCGGCGCCGUUGCCGGCCCGCGGCGAUGGCCCAGUGUGUACAAUCCGUGCAGGAGCUCAUCCCGGAUUCCUUCGUUCCCUGCGUCGCCGCGCUGUGCAGCGACGAAGCCGAGCGGCUCACGCGCCGCAAUCACCUGAGCUUCGCGGAGCUGCUGAAGCCUUUCUCGCGCCUCACUUCCGAGGGUCAUAUGAGAGAUCCUAAUAAUCAGCUUCACAUAAUUAAAAAUUUGAAGAUAGCAGUGAGCAACAUUAUCACCCAACCACCUCAGCCUGGAGCCAUUCGGAAGCUGUUGAAUGAUGUUGUUUCUGGCUGUCAGCCUGCGGAGGGAUUAGUAGCUAAUGUGAUUACAGCAGGAGAUUAUGACCUUAACAUCAGUGAUCGGUCAAUUAAAGCUAGUGUUCCUUGGUACAGUAAUUGGAAAGACACACUGAUGGAAUUGAAAGAAUCCUCGUUAUACACAGCUACUACUCCAUGGUUUGAAUCUUACAGAGAGACCUUUCUUCAGUCGAUGCCGGCAUCAGAUCAUGAAUUUCUGAACCACUAUUUAGCAUGUAUGUUGGUAGCAUCAUCUAGUGAAGCUGAACCUAUGGAACAGUUCUCAAAGUUGUCACAAGAACAGCAUCGAAUUCAGCACAACAAUGAUUAUUCCUACCCCAAGUGGUUCAUACCAAAUACACUUAAAUAUUAUGUGCUGCUGCAUGAUGUGAGUGCGGGAGAUGAGCAGAGAGCUGAAUCAAUUUAUGAAGAAAUGAAACAAAAAUAUGGAACUCAGGGUUGCUAUUUACUUAAAAUUAAUUCUCGAACGUCAAAUCGAGCAUCAGAUGAACAGAUACCAGAUCCUUGGAGUCAGUAUCUCCAGAAAAAUAGUAUUCAAAACCAGGAAUCAUGUGAAGAUGGCCCUUGUACUAUAGCUUCAAAUAAGAAUUAUGAUAGUAACUUGCUUUCAUUGGAUGGAUUAGAUAACGAAGUCAAAGUAGAUGGCUUACCAAAUAACUUCAGAACUCAUCCACUUCAACUGGACCAACCUGCUGAGUCUUCUAACAGCAUUGAUGGCCCAGAUCGUGGAAAAUCCUCUUCUUCAUUACAUGAAACAAAGAAAGCAAAUAGUGGAAUAAUCCAUGGUGCGUGUUUGACACUUACUGAUCAUGACAGAAUCCGACAGUUUAUACAGGAGUUUACAUUUCGUGGCCUUUUGCCACAUAUAGAGAAAACAAUUCGGCAAUUAAAUGAUCAGCUAAUAUCAAGAAAAGGUUUGAGUCGAUCUCUAUUUUCUGCAACUAAAAAAUGGUUUAGUGGCAGUAAAGUUCCAGAAAAGAGCAUUAAUGAAUUAAAAAACACAUCUGGGCUGCUGUAUCCACCGGAAGCACCAGAGCUUCAGAUCAGGAAAAUGGCUGACUUGUGCUUUUUAGUGCAGCAUUAUGAUUUGGCGUACAGUUGCUAUCAUACCGCAAAGAAGGACUUUCUUAACGAUCAAGCAAUGCUGUAUGCAGCUGGUGCCUUGGAAAUGGCAGCAGUAUCAGCUUUUCUUCAACCAGGAGCACCUAGGCCAUACCCUGCACAUUACAUGGAUACAGCAAUUCAGACUUACAGGGAUAUCUGCAAGAAUAUGGUGUUGGCUGAAAGAUGUGUAUUGCUUAGUGCUGAGAUUUUGAAAAGUCAAAGCAAAUAUUCAGAGGCUGCAGCUCUUCUGAUACGGUUGACAAGUGAGGAUUCUGAUCUUCGAAGUGCACUUCUUUUGGAACAGGCUGCACAUUGUUUUAUAAACAUGAAGAGUCCCAUGGUUAGAAAGUAUGCAUUUCAUAUGAUUUUGGCAGGACAUCGCUUUAGUAAAGCAGGACAGAAAAAGCAUGCUUUGCGCUGCUAUUGUCAGGCCAUGCAAGUUUACAAAGGCAAGGGCUGGUCUCUUGCAGAGGAUCACAUUAACUUCACCAUUGGCCGCCAGUCCUACACACUGAGGCAGCUGGACAACGCCGUGUCUGCCUUUCGGCAUAUUCUAAUCAAUGAAAGUAAGCAGUCUGCUGCUCAACAAGGGGCCUUCCUCAGAGAGUAUCUUUAUGUUUAUAAGAAUGUAAGUCAGCUGUCGCCAGAUGGCCCUUUCCCGCAGCUUCCUUUACCAUACAUUAACAGUUCAGCAACACGGGUUUUCUUCGGCCAUGACAGAAGACCAGCAGAUGGUGAAAAGCAAGCAGCUACUCAUGUAAGUCUUGAUCAAGAAUAUGACUCUGAGUCUUCUCAGCAGUGGCGAGAGCUUGAGGAGCAAGUUGUGGCUGUGGUUAACAAAGGAGUUAUCCCAUCCGGUUUCCAUCCCACACAGUACUGUUUGAAUAGUUACUCAGAUAACUCCAGAUUUCCGCUUGCAGUUGUAGAAGAACCAAUUACAGUGGAAGUGGCUUUUAGAAACCCUUUGAAGGUUCCACUUUUGUUGACUGACUUAUCAUUGCUUUGGAAGUUUCAACCUAAAAAUGUCAAUGGAAAGGAUAAUGAAGAAAUUAGAGAACUAGUUACAGGUGAACCUGAAAUGAUUGGAACUGAAGUUAUUUCAGAAUUCUUAAUUAACAGUGAAGAAUCUAAAGUGGCGAGACUAAAGCUCUUUCCCCAUCACAUAGGGGAACUGCAUAUUCUGGGAGUUGUUUAUAAUCUUGGCACCAUUCAGGGAUCCCUGACCAUGGAUGGUAUCGGUGCUCUUCCUGGAUGUCACACAGGGAAACAUUCUUUGAGUAUGUCAGUACGAGGGAGGCAGGAUUUAGAAAUUCAAGGUCCUCGACUUAACAACACAAAAGAAGAGAAAACGUCGAUAACAUAUGGUCCAGAUCGACGAUUAGAUCCUAUAAUCACCGAAGAGAUGCCACUGUUAGAGGUGUUCUUUAUACAUUUUCCUACAGGGCUCCUCUGUGGAGAAAUCCGAAAAGCAUAUGUAGAGUUUGCCAAUGUCAGCAGCUGUCCUCUUACUGGAUUGAAGGUUGUUUCUAAACGUCCCGAGUUCUUUACCUUUGGUGGUAACACUGCUGCUCUAACACCACUGAGCCCCUCAGCCUCUGAAAACUGUAGUGCUUACAAGACCGUUGUGACAGACUCUGCCUCUGUGUGCACAGCGCUCACAUCGUCAGCCUCUUCUGUAGACUUUGGCAUUGGCAUAGGAAGUCAGCCAGAGGUGAUUCCUGUUCCCCUUCCUGACACCGUUCUUCUGCCGGGAGCGUCAGUGCAGCUACCGAUGUGGUUACGUGGGCCUGAUGAAGAAGGUGUCCAUGAAAUUAACUUUUUAUUUUACUAUGAAAGUGUGAAAAAGCAGCCUAAAAUACGACAUAGAAUAUUAAGACAUACUGCAGUCAUUUGUACUAGCCGGUCUUUGAAUGUAAAAGCCACUGUCUGCAGAAGUAAUGCACUUGAAGAUGAGGACGGCAAAGGAGACAAUAUGCUAGUCUUUGUGGAUGUGGAAAAUACCAAUACUAGCGAAGCAGGUGUUAAGGAGUUCCACAUAGUGCAAGUAUCAAGUAGCAGCAAGAACUGGAAGUUGCAGAAAUCAGUAAAUCUCUCUGAAAACAAAGAUGCCAAACUUGCCAGUAGGGAAAAAGGAAAGUUUUGCUUCAAGGCAAUAAGAUGUAAUGAAAGAGAAGGUGCCACACGGUCUUCAGAAAAGUACACCUUUGCAGAUAUCAUCUUUGGAAAUGAACAGAUAAUAAGUUCAGCAAGCCCAUGUGCAGAUUUCUUUUAUCGAAGUUUAUCCUCUGAAUUGAAAAAGCCACAAACUCAGUUGUCUGUGCAUACAGAAAAACAUGCGGUAGAGGAUGCUGUGAGACUGAUUCAAAAGUGCAGUGCAGUGGAUUUGAAUAUUGUGAUAUUGUGGAAGGCAUACGUUGUGGAAGACAGUAAGCAGCUGAUUUUGGAAGGUCAGCACCAUGUUAUUCUUCACACAAUAGGAAAGGAAGCCUUCUCAUAUCCUCAGAAACAGGAGCAACCAGAAAUGGAGCUGUUAAAAUUUUUCAGGACAGAAAACACUGCGGCUUCCUCAAGACUAUCUGUAGAGCAGCUUUCUAAUCUCAUUAAAACGAGUCUUCACUACCCAGAAACAUUUAAUCAUCCAUUUCAUCAAAAAAGCCUUUGUUUAGUACCUGUCACACUUUUACUUUCAAAUUGUUCUAAGGCUGAUGUAGAUGUAAUAGUUGAUCUUCGGCAUAAAACCACAAGUCCAGAAGCAUUGGAGAUCCAUGGAUCAUUCACGUGGCUCGGACAGACACAGUAUAAACUUCAGCUUAAAAGCCAGGAGAUUCACAGUCUGCAGCUGAAAGCAUGCUUUGUUCAUACAGGUGUUUAUAACCUUGGGACUCCUAGGGUGUUUGCUAAGUUAUCGGACCAAGUUACAGUGUUUGAAACGAGUCAGCAGAGCUCCAUGCCUGCCCUGAUUAUCAUCAGUAAUGUAUGACAGCUUGCAAGUUCAUACUCAAAUCCACAAGAAUCAGUUUAAUUUUGCCGAAUGGGUUUACAGCAGUAUUUGAAGUCCCUAACUUGUUAUGGAGGUUGGUGUCUGAUCACUGCAAAAAUACUUCAACUUGUCAUUUUGUUGAUGCAAAGCACGUUGGACUAAGAGUACUUAUAUUCUUUUUAUUUCUUUAAACCUGGUAAUUUACAUGCUCAUAUUACAGAAUUUCAGCGUAUCCAUGCACCUUAUUAAGCCCCAUCUUAAAAAUGUCUAAAUCUGCUGUUACAGCUUGUUGAUGGUAUGUGAAUAUUAGGAGAUGAGGAAGAAAAGGCCUUUGUGGGAAUAUUCUGUUAAGCCAUUAGUCUAUAAAGCCCAGCUUUACUGUGAAGUUCUAUAGAGUGUUAAAUACAAAUUUUCCUGUCUGGCUUCACACAGUACUCUAAAAUCAGUUCUGAAUUUCGGUUAUAGAGUCUUCAUAUUUCGGUCUCUGGUGGACCCUAUGGCUUAUACAUAACUUUGUAAAGAGAAAAGUUUUUCCUUAUACCUUGGAUAUAGUUUUGAAAGAGAUUUGAUUUUUCUUUCCUUGUUCAUCUCAGUGUAGAGUGCACUAUUUCGCGAUGAGAUUUGUUUGUCAUUAAAAUCAUAUUCUUUAUUAUAUAACUUUAACAGUUGAGUUGAUCUGUUUAAAAUAAAAAUCUCAAGUUAAUUAAAAAUAAGCUUUUCAAAAAUGUAUUAUAUUUAUAACAAAUGUACUGUAAAUAGAAUAAAGACAUGCUAUUCACUGUA